GAAUGCGCGGCGGUAGCGGAAGUGACGCAUGGCGCUGUGUUUAUCCGUUGGCUGGUCUGUCUGCUCGAGCCGAGCGUCGGAAGUGGAGCGGUUCGGUUCGGUUAAUCGCAAACAGAAGCGUAAACGCUACACAUCAGAUGUCGUUCGGUGUCCCGCACAGCGGCGGCCGGCGCAGUAAAUGGGACCAGGCCGGUCCGGGGUCGUCUGGAGCUGAUGGAGGUUCUGCUCCGACCGGAGCUCUGGAUGCUGCUGCCGCCGUCGCUGCCAAGAUCAACGCCAUGCUGGUGGCCAAAGGCAAACUCAGGCCAUCUCAGAUCAGCAGCGCUGCUACCACUGAUAAAGUGGCAGGUGUUGGUGGUAAUAAGGUGAAAGAUGAUCUGGUGGUGGCUGAGGUGGAGAUUAACGACGUCCCGCUAACCUGUCGGAAUCUGCUGACCCGCGGACAGACUCAAGACGAGAUCAGCAGAGUGAGCGGCGCUGCCGUGUCCACCAGAGGACGCUACCUGACAGCAGAGGAGAAGAACAGAGCGCUGCCCAGUGACCGUCCGCUCUAUCUGCACGUCCAGGGACAAACCAGAGACUUAGUGGACAGUGUGUGUCAGAUGCAUUACGUACAGGACAAGCUGUUUGUGGGUCUGGAUCAGGCCGUGCAGGGCUUCUGUGUGAAGGAGCGAGUGGAGGGCCCUGGCAGCUCGUUCCUGCAGCACAUUCAGGCCGAAACUGGGGCCAAAGUCUUCCUGCGGGGCCGGGGGUCCGGCUGCCUGGAGCCCGCGUCCGGACGAGAGGCCUUCGAGCCCAUGUACAUCUACAUCAGUCACCCAAAACCAGAAGGACUUGCUGCUGCAAAAACCCUGUGUGAAAACCUGCUGCAGACCGUUCAUGCUGAGUAUUCUCGAUUCCUGAAUCAGAUGAGCAGUGUGAUGCCUACACAGGGAUUCAUUCAUCCUCCUGCCAUUAACGGGAUCCCGCCGCAGCCUCCGUAUUACCCCCCCGCGGGCUUCCAGCCCUCCUACCCCGCCCCCAUCCCGCAGCCGCAGCCCGUCGCUCCUCAGUAUCCGGUGACUCCGGCCCCGGGCCCCGUCCCCACCGCACAGUAUCCCAUCACCCCCGCGAGCGUCCCGGAACAGACUCUUCCUCACGCUCUGUUCCCUCUGCCCACAACCGUGGCUCCGCCCAUCCCGCCGCAGAAGCGCCGCUUCACGGAGGAGAUGCCAGACGAGGCGAACAGCGGCCUGCUGGGAUACCAGCAUGGACCCAUUCAUAUGACUAAUUUAGGUGCAGGCAUCUCUGUGGGCAGCUCUGAGGCGUCAGGACCCCCGUCUGCUGCUUCCUCAGGGCCUGUGAGAGAGAGAGACAGCAGCAGUAGACUCAUGCCUCCUCCGUGUGCACUGGCUCCAGUCAGCGGUCCGAGAGCUCAGAAAGCAGACGAGAAGACGCCAGCGCCGAGCCUCCUGGAGCCGCAGGUGAAGCGCGCGAGGACGGGGCUGGUGGCGUACGUUGGAGACUCCUCCGAUGAAGAAGAGGAUCAUGGACCCUUCAGAGCAGCCGGAGCCGCAGGAUGGAUGUACCGCUGCCCUUCAUCGCCGCCCUCACGGCCCAAAACACAGACGCAGACUCGGCCCAUGCCCUUCUGGAUGGCACCGUAAACACACUCACACACACACACACACUCACUCACACACACACACACACACACACACGUUCAUGCCUCCUGAAGACUGUCCCGUGGGAUUAUGGGUAGAUGGAGGAGUGACGCAGCAGGAUCGCGUGUCUCUCAUCACUCUGCUUUACUUUCUCUUCAUCGGGUUGAUUUGUAAUUACUUCCUCUGUGAGAUUCUCUUGACAAAUAAACACACGCAUUGACUCACACACUGUGCUUCCUGUUUAAUUUCCUCCAAACGUCCCUUAA